GCCCCCGGAGCCCGGUGCGAGAGCCGCCCGCAGCCCGCCUCUUCCCGGCCGCGCCGCCGGCCAGGCCCCGGGAGAAGCCCGGAGGAAGAUGACGCGUCCUCGCCGCAGUCCGCUGGAAGCUGCAAAGCCCUAGAAAGAAAGAGCUCGGGAGCGGAGGCUCGGCGUGCUCCGGACCGGGAGAGCCGCCUCGGGAGCUGCCUGCCCUCCCUUCCCCGCGGAGGACUCGCCCAGGCGCUAUCCGAGUGGAGGUUGGGAGCAUUUGCAGCAGAAUUUUUGGCUCUCCCUCCCGCUCCAUACACCCCCCCUCCUCCUUUUUCAAUUUUUCUUCUUCUCGGGAAGUGAAUUGCUGAUGCCAAGGGGACUUUAUUCAUUAAUGAUGCAACCGGAUUCGUUUCAGGAUUAUGUUGCACGAAUUGAAUUUUGAAUGAAGGAGUUUUUUUUUUUUUUUUUUUUUUUUGAAAGAAGUGUUGACUCUUUAGUUCGAUGUACUUUUAAUUAUUUUAUUUAAGUAUACAAUUUAAUUGUAUUAUUCUCUUAAAAUAUUAAAUCUAUAUUUUAUGGAAAACCUACCCUCAAGAUAUAUAUGUUUAUGGGUGAAAUUGAAGACGCUUCCGUUAAAUGAGGUGACUGGCGUGUUGGAUGUUUAAUUCAGCACCGGCAUUGCAUGACAGUUGUUGAAAUAACAAGUGGUUUAUUUUUUAAAAACCACGUCUUUAAAACUGUAGGUUCAGACAGUAACAGUAGACAUCAUAAGGGCAAUUAAAAGAAAACCAGCAGCAAUCGAAGCAAACAUGUCCGGAGAAGUGCGUCUGAGGCAGUUGGAGCAGUUUAUUUUAGAUGGGCCAGCUCAGACCAAUGGGCAGUGCUUCAGUGUGGAGACGCUACUGGACAUACUCAUCUGCCUCUACGACGAAUGCAAUAAUUCUCCAUUGAGAAGAGAGAAGAACAUUCUUGAAUAUCUAGAAUGGGCUAAACCAUUUACUUCCAAAGUGAAACAAAUGCGAUUACAUAGAGAAGACUUUGAAAUAUUAAAGGUGAUUGGUCGAGGAGCCUUUGGGGAGGUGGCUGUAGUUAAACUGAAAAAUGCAGAUAAAGUAUUUGCCAUGAAAAUUCUGAACAAGUGGGAAAUGCUGAAAAGAGCUGAGACAGCAUGCUUUCGUGAAGAGCGGGAUGUGCUGGUGAACGGAGACAACAAGUGGAUAACCACCCUGCACUAUGCUUUCCAGGACGACAACAACUUAUACCUGGUUAUGGAUUAUUAUGUUGGUGGGGACUUACUUACUCUGCUCAGCAAGUUUGAAGACAGACUGCCUGAAGAUAUGGCCCGGUUUUACUUGGCAGAAAUGGUAAUAGCAAUUGACUCCGUCCAUCAGCUCCACUAUGUCCACAGAGACAUCAAACCUGACAAUAUAUUGAUGGAUAUGAACGGACAUAUUCGUUUAGCAGAUUUUGGUUCUUGUCUGAAGCUGAUGGAAGAUGGAACAGUCCAGUCCUCAGUGGCAGUUGGAACUCCAGACUAUAUUUCUCCUGAAAUCCUUCAAGCUAUGGAAGACGGAAAAGGCAGAUAUGGACCCGAGUGUGACUGGUGGUCAUUAGGGGUCUGUAUGUAUGAAAUGCUCUAUGGAGAAACACCGUUCUAUGCUGAGUCUUUGGUGGAGACAUAUGGGAAAAUUAUGAAUCACAAAGAGAGGUUUCAGUUUCCACCCCAGGUGACUGAUGUGUCUGAAAAUGCUAAAGAUCUGAUCCGAAGACUCAUCUGUAGCAGAGAACAUCGACUUGGCCAAAAUGGGAUAGAAGACUUUAAGAAACACCCAUUCUUCAGUGGAAUUGAUUGGGAUAAUAUCCGAAACUGUGAAGCACCGUACAUUCCAGAAGUUAGUAGCCCAACAGAUACAUCAAAUUUUGAUGUGGAUGAUGACUGUUUAAAGAAUUCUGAAACAAUGCCCCCGCCAACACAUACUGCAUUUUCUGGCCAUCAUCUACCAUUUGUUGGUUUUACAUACACUAGUAGCUGUGUUCUUUCUGAUCGGAGCUGUUUAAGAGUCACAGCAGGUCCCACCUCACUGGAUCUUGAUGUAAAUGUCCAGAGGACUCUAGAUAAUAACUUAGCAACUGAAGCUUAUGAGAGAAGAAUUAAGCGGCUGGAACAGGAAAAACUUGAACUUAGCAGAAAACUUCAAGAGUCAACACAGACUGUUCAGGCUCUGCAGUAUUCAACUGUUGAUGGUCCGCUAACAGCAAGCAAAGAUUUGGAAAUUAAAAACUUGAAAGAAGAGACUGAGAAACUCAGGAAACAAGUAGCAGAAGUAAAUCAUUUGGAACAACAACUUGAAGAAGCUAAUUCUGUGAGACGAGAUCUAGAUGAUGCUUUUAGGCAAAUCAAGGCUUUUGAAAAACAAAUCAAAACUUUGCAGCAGGAAAGAGAAGAGUUAAAUAAGGAACUAGUCCAGGCUAGUGAGCGAUUAAAAAAUCAAUCCAAAGAGCUGAAAGACGCACACUGUCAGAGGAAACUGGCCAUGCAAGAGUUCAUGGAGAUCAAUGAGCGACUAACAGAAUUGCACACCCAAAAACAGAAACUUGCUCGCCAUGUCCGAGAUAAGGAAGAAGAGGUGGACCUGGUGAUGCAAAAAGCUGAGAGCUUAAGGCAAGAGCUGCGCAGAGCAGAAAGAGCCAAGAAAGAGCUGGAAGUUCACACUGAAGCUCUAAUUGCUGAAGCAUCAAAGGACAGAAAGCUCCGAGAGCAGAGCGAGCAUUAUUCUAAACAGCUGGAGAAUGAGCUGGAAGGACUGAAGCAAAAACAAAUUAGUUACUCACCAGGAAUCUGCAGCAUAGAGCAUCAGCAAGAGAUAACUAAACUGAAAACUGACUUGGAAAAGAAAAGUAUCUUUUAUGAAGAAGAAAUAUCUAAAAGAGAAGGCAUUCACGCAAGUGAGAUUAAAAACCUGAAGAAGGAGCUGCAUGACUCCGAAGGCCAGCAGCUUGCUCUCAGCAAAGAAAUUAUGGUUCUAAAAGACAAAUUGGAAAAAACCAGAAGAGAAAGUCAAAGUGAAAGGGAAGAAUUUGAAAAUGAGUUCAAACAACAAUAUGAACGGGAAAAGGUAUUAUUAACUGAAGAAAAUAAAAAGUUAACGAGUGAACUUGAUAAGCUAACCACGUUGUAUGAGAGCGUAAGCCUGCGCAACCAACACUUAGAAGAAGAGGUCAAAGACAUAGCCGACAAGAAAGAGUCGGUUGCACACUGGGAGGCCCAGAUCACAGAGAUCAUCCAGUGGGUGAGCGAUGAGAAGGAUGCGCGAGGCUAUCUUCAGGCCCUAGCUUCUAAAAUGACUGAAGAAUUGGAAGCGUUAAGAAAUUCCAGUUUGGGGACACGAGCAACAGAUAUGCCCUGGAAAAUGCGUCGUUUUGCAAAACUGGAUAUGUCAGCUAGACUAGAGUUGCAGUCUGCUCUGGAUGCAGAAAUAAGAGCUAAGCAAGCCAUCCAGGAAGAGCUGAAUAAAGUCAAAGCGUCCAACAUCAUAACAGAAUGUAAACUGAAAGAUUCAGAGAAGAAGAACUUGGAACUGCUGUCCGAAAUUGAGCAGCUGAUAAAGGAUACUGAAGAGCUUAGAUCUGAAAAGGGUAUAGAGCACCAAGACUCACAGCACUCUUUCUUGGCAUUUUUGAAUACGCCUACCGAUGCUCUGGAUCAAUUUGAAGAUUCCUUUUCUUCUUCCUCAUCCUCACUGAUUGAUUUUUUGGAUGACCGCUCCCCGUCCUGUACUCCAGCUAGCAGAGGCAGACGUAUUGCAGACUCUGCUCCACUUCCAGUUCACACGCCAACCUUAAGGAAAAAGGGAUGCCCAGCUUCAACUGGCUUUCCACCUAAGCGCAAGACUCAUCAGUUUUUUGUGAAGUCUUUCACUGCCCCUACAAAGUGCCAUCAGUGUACCUCCUUGAUGGUUGGUUUGAUAAGACAGGGCUGUUCCUGCGAAGUGUGUGGAUUCUCAUGUCAUAUAACUUGUGUGAACAAAGCUCCAACUGCUUGUCCAGUUCCUCCUGAGCAGACAAAAGGUCCGCUUGGCAUCGACCCCCAGAAGGGAGUAGGGACAGCGUACGAGGGUCAUGUCAGGAUCCCUAAGCCAGCCGGAGUGAAGAAAGGGUGGCAGAGAGCACUGGCUGUGGUCUGUGACUUCAAACUCUUUCUUUACGAUAUCGCGGAGGGAAAAGCAUCCCAGCCCAGCUCCGUCAUUAGUCAAGUGAUUGACAUGAGAGAUGAAGAAUUCUCUGUGAGUUCAGUCUUGGCUUCUGAUGUUAUCCACGCAAGUCGAAAAGAUAUUCCCUGUAUAUUUAGAGUCACAGCUUCCCAGCUCUCAGCACCUAGUAACAAGUGUUCCACCCUGAUGCUAGCAGACAGCGAGAACGAGAGGAGUAAGUGGGUCGGAGUGCUGAGUGAGCUGCACAAGAUUUUGAAGAAAAACAAAUUCAGAGACCGCUCGGUGUAUGUUCCCAAAGAGGCUUAUGACAGCACUCUGCCCCUCAUUAAAACAACGCAGGCCGCUGCAAUCAUAGAUCAUGAAAGGAUAGCUUUGGGAAACGAAGAAGGAUUAUUUGUUGUGCAUGUCACCAAAGAUGAGAUUAUUAGAGUUGGUGAUAAUAAGAAAAUUCAUCAGAUUGAACUCAUUCCAAGUGACCAGCUUGUUGCUGUGAUCUCAGGCCGAAAUCGCCACGUGCGACUUUUCCCUAUGUCUGCUUUGGAUGGGCGAGACACGGAUUUUUAUAAACUGGCAGAAACUAAAGGGUGUCAAACCAUAGCUGCUGGGAAAGUGCGCCAUGGAGCUCUGUCCUGCCUGUGUGUGGCUAUGAAAAGACAGGUGCUCUGCUAUGAACUGCUCCAAAGCAAGACCCGGCACAGGAAGUUUAAGGAAAUUCAAGUCCCAUGUAAUGUGCAGUGGAUGGCCAUCUUCAAUGAGCAGCUCUGUGUGGGAUUCCAGUCGGGAUUUCUCAGAUACCCCUUGAACGGAGAAGGAAGUCCAUGCAAUAUGCUCCAUUCAAAUGACCACACACUAUCAUUCAUUACACACCAACCAAUGGAUGCUAUCUGUGCAGUUGAGAUCUCCAACAAAGAGUAUUUGCUGUGUUUUAACAGCAUUGGCAUAUACACGGACUGCCAGGGUCGAAGAUCGAGACAACAGGAAUUGAUGUGGCCAGCAAAUCCUUCCUCUUGUUGCUACAAUGCACCGUAUCUCUCCGUUUAUAGUGAAAAUGCAGUUGAUAUCUUCGAUGUAAACUCCAUGGAAUGGAUACAGACCCUUCCUCUCAAAAAGGUCCGACCUUUAAACACUGAAGGAUCAUUAAAUCUUUUAGGGUUGGAGACCAUUAGAUUAAUAUACUUCAAAAAUAAGAUGGCAGAAGGGGAUGAACUUGUAGUUCCUGAAACAUCAGAUAAUAGUCGAAAACAAAUGGUUAGAAAUAUCAACAACAAGCGGCGUUACUCCUUCAGAGUCCCAGAGGAAGAGAGAAUGCAACAGAGGAGGGAGAUGCUACGAGAUCCAGAAAUGAGAAAUAAAUUAAUUUCUAACCCAACUAAUUUUAACCACAUAGCACACAUGGGUCCUGGAGAUGGAAUACAGAUCCUAAAAGACCUGCCCAUGCCAGGUUUCCCUUAUCCGUCCCCUCAUCACCACUCCGGUCUGAUCUCCUCUCCGAGCAACUUUGAGCACGUCUAUCACAUGACUGUCAAUUCUGCUGAACAGUUUCUCUCUCCUGAUUCCAUAAGCCCGGGGUACCCCCCGUCCCUGCGCUCUGCCCCUGGCACACCACACUCUGUGACUCUGAGGAACCCACGUCCUCAGGAAAGCCGGACAGUGUUCAGUGGCUCCGUCAGUAUCCCCUCCAUCACCAAGUCCCGCCCUGAGCCAGGCCGCUCCAUGAGUGCCAGCAGUGGCCUGUCUGCACGGUCAUCGGCCCAGAAUGGCAGUGCACUAAAGAGGGAAUUCUCUGGAGGAAGCUACAACACAAAGCGACAGCCCAUGCCCUCUCCCUCAGAGGGCUCUUUGUCAUCAGGAGGCAUGGACCAAGGAAGUGACGCCCCGGCGAGGGACUAUGAUGGAGAGGACUCUGACUCUCCAAGGCAUUCCACAGCUUCCAACAGCUCUAAUCUGAGCAGCCCCCCGAGCCCCAUUUCACCCCGAAAGACCAAGAGCCUCUCCUUGGAGAGCACGGACCGCGGGAGCUGGGAUCCAUGAGCCCAGGAUCGCGGUGGCCAUAGGCAGGGACUCUGCAACCGGACAA